CAUGACACAUCCAUUUGAUUAGUCGAGGUGUGGUUGCAAGAAUUCGUAGAAUUUCGCGAACUUAAUUCUAUAAAACUGAAAAUUUAAUAAGAAUUAUAUUAAAUAAAGUUAGUGUUAGGACAAUAUCCGAUAAAAAUAUAAUGGCCAACAGACUACCGGCGUGUGUUAUCGAUGUGGGCACCGGCUACACGAAAAUGGGCUUCUCAGGUAACAAAGAGCCCCAAUUUAUAAUACCUUCAGCCAUAGCUAUAAAAGAAACAGCACGAGUAGGUGACACCAAUACAAGACGUAUCACAAAAGGUGUAGAAGAUUUGGAUUUUUAUAUAGGUGACGAAGCAUUUGAGGCCACAGGAUACUCAGUUAAGUAUCCUGUACGUCAUGGCUUAGUAGAAGAUUGGGACUUAAUGGAACGUUUUCUGGAACAAUGCGUAUUCAAAUAUCUGCGUGCCGAGCCGGAAGAUCAUUAUUUCUUGUUGACAGAACCUCCCUUAAAUACUCCCGAAAACCGUGAAUACACUGCUGAAAUUAUGUUUGAGACAUUUAAUGUUCCUGGUCUUUAUAUAGCCGUACAGGCUGUUUUAGCUUUAGCUGCUAGUUGGGCUUCCAGACCAGUCGAGGAGCGUACCCUCACUGGCAUAGUGGUCGAUAGUGGCGACGGUGUUACUCAUGUUAUUCCAGUGGCAGAAGGUUAUGUUAUUGGAUCUUGCAUUAAACACAUACCUAUUGCCGGUCGUAACAUCACCUCAUUUAUCCAAAGCUUGCUGCGUGAACGUGAAGUGGGCAUACCGCCUGAGCAGAGCUUAGAAACUGCCAAAGCUAUUAAAGAAAAACACUGCUACAUCUGUCCCGAUAUAGCCAAAGAAUUUGCGAAAUAUGACUCGGAACCAGGCAAAUGGAUACGCAAUUAUACGGGCGUUAAUGCGGUCACAAAACAACCCUUCACAGUCGAUGUAGGCUACGAACGUUUUCUUGGGCCCGAAAUUUUCUUUCAUCCAGAAUUUUCAAAUCCCGAUUUUACUAAUCCUCUAUCGGAGAUCGUUGACAAUGUUAUACAAAAUUGUCCGAUUGAUGUGAGAAGGCCUUUGUACAAUAACAUCGUUUUGAGUGGUGGAUCCACAAUGUUUAAAGAUUUCGGACGUCGUUUGCAGCGGGAUAUUAAACGUUCAGUGGAUACACGUUUACGCAUAAGUGAAAAUCUUUCGGAAGGUAGAAUUAAGCCAAAACCAAUAGAUGUUCAAGUCAUUACUCAUCACAUGCAACGUUAUGCAGUUUGGUUCGGUGGCAGUAUGCUGGGAUCAACGCCUGAAUUUUAUCAGGUCUGUCAUACUAAGGCUGCUUAUGAGGAGUACGGGCCCGGUAUUUGCCGUCACAAUCCUGUAUUUGGUACCAUGACAUAAUUUUUUUUUCUCUUUUUUUUUUUUUUGUUUAUCUUCCUUCUCGUAUGAGUACAGUUACAUCUAAUUUUCUAAUCUAAUUUCGUUUUUCUGUAUAAGCCUCUAAAUAAUUUUAAAGUAUUACUUUUUUUUUUUUUUUUUUGUAAAAAAUAUUUUCUAUGGAUGUUUUAAUCUAUGUGUGUAAUUUUUGCAAUUUUUAAUAAUGCAUUUUUUGCUAUGUACUGCUUCUGAAUAUCCAAUACAUAAUUAAUUUGUAUAUUCUUUGAUAAUCAACCUCAUCUAAAUGAUGAGUCUUUUUCCCAUAUAUGUAAAAAAGACAAUGAUUCCAUAGUUUUUCUAAUUUAA